UCUUUUUCAUCGUCAUGAUAUAAAUCACUUCACAUUUUCCAAGGAUUUGCAACCUCCUAAGUUUGUAUUGCUCGAAGGAGUGACCUUUUUACAGAAGGGAAAAAAAGAGCGAAACCCCGAACUUCCUUCCAUUAUUGUUGUUCCAUUCUACUCCAUGAUGCUUCAUUUCACCUGCAUUCUCUUCAUAUGCAUCUUGGGUUCUGUCUCUUCUUUUGCCAUAGCUGCCGUCAAUCUUAGCCUCCCUCACCAGCACCCUGACCCUGAAUCAGUUGUUCAAGAUGUUCAAAGGAGAUUAAAUGUGUCCAUAUCAAGAAGACAAGCCCUGUCUGCAACUGAAAAAGAAGGACCAUUGCCUAACGGGAAUCCCAUAGAUGAUUGCUGGCGUUGUGACCCCAAGGGGUACAACAACCGCCAACGCUUAGCCGACUGCUCCAUAGGCUUUGCACAUGGCACUCUAGGUGGCAAAGGUGGCCGGAUCUACACCGUCACCGAUUCCUCUGACCGCGACGUUGUUAACCCCAAACCAGGCACUCUCCGCCAUGCUGUCAUCCAAAACGAACCACUUUGGAUCGUCUUUUCAACCAACAUGGUCAUCAAACUGAAGCACGAGCUCAUUUUCAACUCGUACAAAACUGUUGAUGGCCGGGGCGCAAACGUUCAUGUCACUGGAAAUGGGUGUAUAACUUUGCAGUAUGUGUCUCAUGUCAUCAUACAUAACAUCCAUGUUCACCAUUGUAAGCCUUCAGGGAACACUGACAUUGCUUCAUCUCCUACUCAUGUUGGAUGGAGAGGAAGAUCAGAUGGUGAUGGGAUUUCCAUUUUUGGUUCUCAGAAGAUCUGGAUUGAUCAUUGCUCCCUUAGUUACUGCACCGAUGGCCUGGUCGAUGCCAUUAUGGGGUCCACUGGGAUUACUAUUAGUAAUAGCUACUUUUCUCACCACGAUGAAGUUAUGCUUUUGGGCCAUGAUGACAGGUAUUCGCCUGAUUCAGGAAUGCAGGUAACUAUAGCUUUUAAUCACUUCGGAGAAGCAUUGGUGCAAAGAAUGCCAAGGUGCCGGCGAGGGUAUAUACAUGUGGUGAACAAUGAUUUUACUGCCUGGGAAAUGUAUGCUAUUGGUGGUAGUGCUAACCCUACCAUCAAUAGUCAGGGGAAUCGAUAUACUGCACCAGGGGACCCCAAUGCUAAAGAGGUGACAAAGAGAGUGGAAACAGACGAGAAAGAAUGGGCAGACUGGAACUGGAGGACAGAUGGGGACAUAAUGGUAAAUGGAGCAUAUUUUGUGCCCUCUGGAGCUGGCCUAAGUUCUCAGUAUGCAAAAGCUGCCAGUGUGGAGCCCAAAUCUGCUGCCCUCGUUCAACAGCUCACUUUGAACGCUGGCGUUUUUGGUGACGCUAGGUAAAUAUCUGAAAUCUCAAUAUUGCCCUUUUUUGGAUUUUAGCCUAAUAACUGAAUUACCUGUCACUUUUUUAAAUUUUCAUUGUUAUAAUUUGGGCUAGAAGUUUAUUAGAAUUUGCU